CUGCCCCGCGGCCUCGGUAACCUCCGCUGGCAGCGAGCAGCAGUCGGGUUUGAAGGGGUCGGAUCGCGUUCGUGCGCCGCGGGACGCUCCCAGGGUCUCCGGUUGUUGAGAGCGGCUCACCGCAGCUCCGGAAGGUUAAGCUGAAACCACUGCUCAGCUUCCAAGAUGUUGUCUCCCAAAUUGCAUGCGCUCUUCUGCCUCUGCAGCUGCCUCACCCUGGUUCACCCUUUUGACUGGCAAGACCUAAACCCUAUUGCUCAUUUUGAACCAUCAGCACGGAUCAGUAAAAUUCAAGCUCUGAUAGCUGCUGCAAUGUCUGGCCAAACUAAAAUCCCCAAAGGAAGUGGACCUUACUCCGUCGGUUGCACAGACUUGAUGUCUAAGUAUACUAUUAAGAGCACCUUCUUACGCUUGUAUUAUCCAUCCCUACCUGAGGGUCACUCUGACACUGUUUGGAUCCCAAACAAGGAAUAUUUUUAUGGUCUCAGUAAAUUUCUUGGAACACAUCGGUUAAUGGGCAAUAUUUUGAGCUUAUUAUUUGGUUCAGUGAAAACUCCUGCAAGAUGGAAUUCCCCUCUGAGGACUGGGGAAAAAUAUCCACUGAUUGUUUUUUCUCAUGGUUUGGGAGCAUUCAGGACAAUUUAUUCUGCUAUUGGCAAUGACCUGGCAUCUCAUGGGUUUAUAGUUGCUACUGUAGAACACAGAGAUGGAUCCGCUUCUGCAACUUACUAUUUCAACGACCAGUCUGCUGCAGAAAUAGGGAACAAGUCUUGGGUCUAUCUCAAAAUCCUAAGACAAGGGGAGGAGCAAGCCCCUCUACGAAGUACACAGGUGCGACAAAGAGCAAAGGAGUGUUCUGAAGCUCUCAAUGUGAUUCUUUCUGCAAUUCCAGUGAAGAAUGUUUUAGAUUUAGAUUUUGAUAUGCAACAACUGAAGGACUCUGUUGACAGGGAUAAAAUUGCAAUAAUUGGACAUUCUUUUGGAGGAGCCACAGUUAUUCAGGCCCUUAAUGAUGACCGAAGAUUCAGGUGCGGUAUUGCGUUGGAUGCGUGGAUGCUGCCAGUGGAUGAGAAAGUCUAUUCUAGGUUUUCUCAGCCCCUCUUUUUCAUCAACUCUGAAGGGUUCCAAUAUCCUGCUAAUAUCAUAAAAAUGAAAAAAUGCUUUGUACCUGGUAAAGAAAGAAAAAUGAUUACAAUCAGGGGUUCGGUCCAUCAGAAUUUUGCUGACUUCACUUUUACAACUGGCAAAAUAACUGGACACCUAUUCACAUUAAAAGGACAAAUAGAUUCAAAUGUAGCUCUGGAUCUUAUCAAUAGAGCUUCAUUGGCAUUCUUACAAAAGCAUUUAGGACUUCAGAAAGAUUUUGACAAGUGGGAUAAUUUGAUCGAAGGGGAAGAUGAUCACCUUAUUCCAGGGACCAGUAUUGACGUCAGCAACCAACAUGGCACUCUACAGAACUCUACAGGGACAAACAAUGUAGAUUAAAAGUGCUUUUUUAAAAAAGUUGUAUUUUAAAACUGUCUGAAAUGUGUGUUGUAUGAUUUUAAUGUAUUUUCUCAAUGAACUCAUACUUUAAAAUAUAGGCUAUAUGGUAACAGUGACUUAAGCUUGGAUUAAAGUUUUGUUUUUUUAAGUGUAAAGAAUGACUGCAAUAUAUAAAAACCAUACCAGCCUUAAUUUUACUUUUUACUAAAAUGAUCCCUUUUUUAAAGUAUCAAGUUAAUAACUGUUUUUACAUUACUUUAAUGAAAAAGGAUAUUAAAACAGGCACAAUGCCAAUGAAAACAUAGUACAAGGACAUAACACUCCCUAAAAAUAUAAUAAAAACAGACUUUUUUUGGCCUCAUUUUUCUGUUAUGAGCAGUAGAAUUGUGUCUUAGUCACAUGGUAUUCUAGGUAGAAUUUGACAACACUUCCCUUUGCUUUUUGUUCAUGGUACGAAAAAUUAGAUUGAGCAGACAAUAAAACCAUUGCUUUACUACUGGAUUAGUGAUACUGUGCAAUUUGAAUAUGGUGAUUAAAUGCGGUGUGGACAAGUGUGAAAAUAUUGGAGACAGAGCAAGGGCAGCAGAUUAAGGAAAGUGGGUAAUUUGUUUGCAUGGCUUAAUGGUUUAUCUCUAAUGGGUUCUAUUUACUAAAGAAAGGUGCAUAAGACAGGGCAGAGAGUCCAGCAAUGUAGCACAUUAGUUAUUCGCCCAAAAGCUGGGAAAUCAAAGGAAACAUUCAGAAUUACUUUUAACUACUUUAUUUUCUAAUUAGUUUUAUUUAAUGAAAUUUUUUAAAAUUCUAUAGGU